CUGGUCCUCACGGCGCAGACAGGCUCCUCAUAAACCGUGCAACUGUUCAGAUCGCACCUUUUCUGCCUCACGUCCCCAGCACAUGACUCCAGAAACACUUGAGGUCUCCAUGCCUGCCCGUUCCUAGCGGAAGACCUGUGCGACAAUGACCAUCCAUGUAGAGGGGCUGGUGGCUAUCGCGGUCUUCUAUCUACUCAUCCUGUUCGUGGGCAUCUGGGCGGCAUGGAAGAACAAGCACUCCGGGGAGGCGGAGGGCACCGACCGCAGCGAGACCAUCAUGGUCGGCGGGAGAGACAUCGGAUUAUUCGUCGGUGGAUUUACCAUGACAGCCACCUGGGUUGGAGGAGGUUACAUCAAUGGCACAGCUGAGUAUGUGUAUCUGCCAGAUUCUGGUUUGGCCUGGGCACAGGCUCCCUUUGGAUAUGCCCUCAGUCUGGUUGUAGGUGGUCUUUUUUUCGCCAAGCCCAUGCGCUCACGAGGUUAUGUCACCAUGCUGGACCCGUUCCAGCAGCUGUACGGGAAACGUAUGGGUGGCCUCCUCUUCAUCCCUGCACUCAUGGGGGAGAUCUUCUGGUCUGCUGCCAUUUUAUCCGCUCUGGGAGCUACUCUGAGUGUCAUCGUGGACAUCAACAUACAGGUGUCGGUGGUUAUAUCAGCGCUCAUUGCAAUCUUCUACACCCUGGUGGGAGGACUGUACUCUGUGGCCUACACUGACGUCGUGCAGCUCUUCUGUAUCUUUGUCGGCCUGUGGAUCAGUGUCCCCUUUGCUUUGACCAACCCUGCAGUGUCAGACAUCACCGUUACUGCAGUGAAGCAGGUGUAUCAGUCGCCCUGGAGAGGCAGCAUCCGCAAGAGCGACACCUGGGUCUGGAUCGACAACUUCUGCCUCCUGAUGCUUGGAGGAAUACCCUGGCAGGUGUAUUUCCAGAGAGUCCUGUCUGCCUCCUCUGCCACGUACGCCCAGGUCCUCUCCUUCAUAGCUGCAUUCGGGUGCCUCGUCAUGGCUGUGCCCUCUGUUCUCAUCGGAGCCAUCGGGGCCUCCACAGAUUGGAACCAGACAACAUACGGAGCCAUACCUCCCAGAGAGAAGGAUGAAGCAGACAUGAUUCUACCAAUCGUGCUCCAACACCUCUGUCCACCAUUUGUCUCUUUUUUCGGCCUGGGUGCGGUUUCUGCCGCCGUCAUGUCCUCCGCAGACUCCUCCAUCCUUUCGGCGAGCUCCAUGUUUGCGAGGAACAUCUACCAGCUGGCGUUCAGACAGUCAGCUUCUGAUCGUGAGAUAGUGUGGGUGAUGCGUAUCACCAUCUUUGUGUUCGGUGGCCUCGCCACAGUGAUGGCUCUUGUAACUGGGACAGUUUACGGCCUCUGGUACCUGAGCUCAGACCUAGUUUACGUCAUCAUCUUCCCCCAGUUGCUCAGCGUGCUCUUCAUCAAAGGCACCAACACGUACGGCUCGGUGGCUGGUUACCUGUUCGGCAUGGUGCUGCGUAUAGGUGGAGGUGAACCCUACCUGCGGCUGCCUCCUUUCAUUUAUUACCCCGGCUGGACCCUUGAGAAGCGGAUUCACCACCUGACGGGAGAAAUGGAGGAAAUUGUCAUUCAGAAGUUUCCCUUCAAAACCAUCUCUAUGCUCUCCUCUUUUCUGGGCAACGUUGCUUUCUCCUACCUGGCCAAGUACCUGUUUGAGAGCGGCAAGAUUUCACACAAAUACGACUUUCUCGACGCGGUGGUGUCCAAGCACAGCGGGGAGAUUAUGGAUAAGACUACGCUUGUGACUCGGGGCAACAACAUCGGGCUGUCGGAGAUGGCGUCGGUCAAACCCCGCCUGAGCGUGACCUUGGCGGCGGCCUUCACGCGCCGUGACACACUGCCAAAAGAGAUGGUGGAGGAGGAGGAGGAGGAGUCCAGCCCCGACUCCUCCCACCAUGAUGAAGAAUGACGGACCUGGAAUGUGAUUUUAAAAAAAUGAUGACGUGACUAAAACUGACAGAGAUCUGGUCACUCUGUCAAAAAAGGAACAAGUGAACAUCUUGAACAACAAAGGAGCAAAUCCUGCUGGUGGUGACUGGAUAACAGCCAAAUGUCAGGAUCUAGAUAUGUAGCGUAGCGGCUUGCUGAUUGUCCAGUCAUAAAACUGUCUUCCUGUGAAGUUCAUCACACACACACACUCAUGUAAUUCGUUAAGAUAACUGGCUUCCUUUCUUGAUCUGGAUUGAAGACACAUUGUUAAAGGUACAGUGUGUAGAAUUUUGUGAUAUCUAGUGUUGAAAUUUCAUGUUGCAGCUGAACACCCCUCACCUCACCCUCUCCUUCCAAACAUGAGAAAGAACCUGUGGUAGCCUUUAAUUGUUAUAAAAAGUCAAAAGGUGUUUAGUUGGUCCAGUCUGGACUAAUGUAAAAAAACA